AUGAGAUUAACAGCAAUAAGCUGUGGCCUGAGCUUCCUAUUACCUGUAUACGCCCGAGUCAUCUCUGAUCCUUGCGCUACAACAACCACUCUACCUGCCAUCACAGUCACAAAAGGCCCUAAUGGGUACUACAACCAGUACACCCGCACAUAUCAAGAGUUUUACCCUCAAGGCCUGACAACAAAAGUUUACACUAUUACACAAUCAUGUUCAGGUGUAAAUUGUCAGCCCUUACCCAUUGAGACCGCACCUCCACCCGGCUUCACAUCUGCCGUGGUCAAGUGUGACAAGUGCGGAGGCUCAGGAACAAAAGUCGCUACUUUGACAUUUCCAACUGAAUCUGUGCAAGCAUAUUCAUCUUCUGGCUAUGUUGUUCUACCUAUUGCACAACCAACUCAGAUUCCCCUUGGUCAGAGUGGACAAUCCCAUAGCAGUUCAGUUUCUGAAGAUGGUUCUUCUGGUUCUGAUGCUGGCCAUGUACUGAACAACCACGGUGCUUCUCUUUCUACAAACACUUCUCCAGAAUCUGGAGAUUCGGCCCCACAAGACUCCAGCAGUGGAAGUCAAGAGAGCCAAGAUAUCAACAUUGGAUCCACCCAGCCGCAAUCCAACAACCGGGGCUCUUCAAAUGGCGGAGAAUCUCCUGAUGACACAGGUGCCGAUGUCCCUGGGUCUCGGCCAUUGUCUGAGACACCUACCGUCGUUUAUCACUUUUCCCCCUCCAGCUCUUCCCCUGCUGGCUCCGAUAGCCAGUCUUCAUCUCCAGCAGACGGCACAGGCUCAUCUGACACAGCCGCCGCAGGAGACGACACCUCAUAUCCCAUUCCUAACCAGAAAACCGGCAACCCAUAUGCAGGCGACACUUCCGGUGCUUCGAGCAACGGAUCCGGCUCGUCUGGCAACAAUUCCCCCUCAUCUCAAAAUGAUACCCCCUCUACUGGAAAACCAGCCACAAAAGGCUCUGGCGAUGACAGUUGGAGUCCCGAUUCCCCGAUCACUGUUAAUAGUGCGGGCUAUAUCAAGACAAAUAUUGUUACAUGUGUAUUAGCGAAUAUUGCUGGCAUGUUUGUUCUGAGGUUGCUAGUAUAG